GGUGGAGGCGGUGGCCGACUUGGACACCUUCUUGCGACUCCUGGGCUCUCUUGGAUAGAUUCCCUUCCAAAUGCAAAGCUUGCGGAAGUCGGGCAAGCUGAUCUGGAGCUUCUUGACAGCCUGUGUGCGGGUGAUGUAGUUCUUCGCCUGGCCGGACUGGCCCUUCUUCUUAAUUUUGGCCAUUGUGUGUUGAUCGGGGGACCUCGUCAGCGAAUAAUCACAGCGUAGGCCAGAACUUUGCAGUGGUUGCAGGCCGCGGGGGUGAACUUUUCCAGUGUUUUUUUUCCCAUUCACUUCCUAAACUUUUUUUGUGCCAUCUCCCACCGCCGGGAAGCGAUAAGAGAUAUGGUUGCGCCGCUCAAUCAGAGAAGGGAAUCAACAUCUCGGCAACCCCACCAAGGACUUCCCUGCAUGAGCCGCGCCAGGCAUGCAGCGGCCCAAGUGAUUCGCUGGCACGACUCCCAGGAGCCUCGAAUUUGGCGUCCAAAUUUCGGCCACGGUGUGACUUCUGUCGCUGACUUCAUCUUCGGUUUGCGUGUUCAAGAGAUGGCGCAUUGAGAUAUGGAUGGCGGCAAGGUAACGGUGGGAAGAACGGCGGCACUCUAUGCUGGCGCCGCCGUUCUGCGGCUUGCCAUUUUUAUUCUUCUUCCUGAUCUUCCGGAUCUGUUGACUGGCCGCGUCGAGAUCUCAACCCCAGUCACCAGCUUCAAGCGCCUGCAAGAAGGCCUCUUUCUCUAUAACCACAAUGUGUCGCCAUACGAUGGUGGUGUCUACCACCAAGCGCCCCUUUUCCUUCCGCUGUUCUCCCUACUCCCGAAUGCAUUGAGCUACCCGAUAUUUACCUACCUCCUCUACAUCGCGAUCGACUUGUUGAGUGCUAGCGCACUAUGGAAGAUUGCGGACUCGGGCGAGGCAGGGUCAUCUGCCCUAUUUACAUCCCCCCGUCGCGAAAGGAGAUGGAACGGAUUCAUCAUUGCAGCUAUCUUCCUUUUCAACCCCUUCACCGUGGCAACAUGUCUCGGAAGGUCCACAAGCGUAUUCACCACUUGCGCGAUUCUCCAUGCCAUCGCCAAGGCCGUGUCCGGCGCACCCUUCAGCGCCAUGGUUGCGCUGUCCUUUGCGAGCUAUCUGUCGAUGUACCCGUUAUUAUUACUUCCGCCGCUUGUUCUACUUUGCUUCGACAGACAACGCCCCGAACGAGCCAACAAAUCAGUGGUCUCUUUUGCCGCAUCACACGUUCCGGUUGUGUUCGGUGUGCUGGGACUGUUGUUCGGCAUGUCGUAUCUUAUCACAGGCUCAUGGGAAUUCCUGCCAUCCACAUACGGUGUGCAGUUGACCCUGUCAGACCUGACACCCAAUGUCGGCCUGUGGUGGUACUUCUUUAUCGAAAUGUUCGACUCCUUCCGGUCCUUCUUCCUGGCAGUCUUCUGGCUUCACCUCUCUUGUUACGUCGGCGGUCUUUCCAUCCGGAUCCGGCGGCAACCCUUGGUGGUGUUGACCCUCCUUCUUGGAAUAUUCGCCAUCUUCAAGCCUUACCCUAGCAUCAGCGACACGUCACUCUUCUUGGCCAUGGUGCCAUUAUACCGGCACGUCUUCCCACUUAUGCGCUACAGCUUCGUUAUUGCGGCAGUCAUCAUGUAUGCCUCUUUCCUUGGGCCGGCAUUCUAUUAUCUUUGGAUCUACGCCGGCAGCGGCAAUGCCAACUUUUUCUACGCCAUUACUCUUGUGUGGGGAUUGGGACAGAGCCUGUUAGUUUGCGACCUCAUGUUUGCGGUGUUGAGAGAUGAAUGGGAACUGGAAAGGCCCGAGAUGGCGGGCAAGGAGAUCAGGCAAAUAUGA